CGGCGUUUCUCCUAGGUCGUGUGCACGGAGAGGGCAUCUGCCGCUUUAUACGCUACGGUGCCAGCCACUGCCAUGCGCGCAGCCAUGGCCCGGCUGCAGGAGGUCCGUGGAGAGGCGACCAUCUGCUCCUCCAUGCGGGCCCUGGACUAUCUGUCCCGCGUGAGUCUGCUGGUGGCGAUCUUCCUCGGGAUAUAUUCACGAUGGGAAAUCAGCCAAGAGGCCAACAUGCUCAUCAUCUUUUUUUUGGCCCUCGUUGUCCUUGGAUUAGCGAUUGUACUCCACUGUUACUUCCACAUGGAGAAAGUCAGCCAAUGUCUGAUCCACCCGUGGCGGGGGUCUCUGUUGGGUCUCCUGUGCUUCGUGGGUAGUCCUGCCCUCGACCACAGCGUGAAGGAGCAGACCACCAACUACUUGCUCUUGACUAGUAUGGUUCUCAGAACUCUCUGGGCUCUGCUGGAGCGGAUAUGCGGAAGCGCAAAGUACCGUCCGGCUUUCCUCACCACGGCGGAGCGGAUGGAACUGGUCGGCUUUGGCAUCGUGUCAUUUGUGGUCAGCAGCUCUCCGAGUGUGGCGGUGUUUGUCGGUGCGUUGGCGGUACUGAUGGUCGUUCUUCGGGUGAAAGCUGUCCUCACAUUUCCCAACCUAGUCGGCUUCGCCUUCUUCCUGUUCAUCAAGGGCCUGGACGUGUCCACCAACCAGUUUGCCUUGGCGUGUUUCUUGAGCCAACUCAUGUGCGACCCUCUGCUAGACCAUUUCUCCAGCGUCUCGUCUGUGAACGAGCGCUGGCAGCCGUUCCUGGCGGCUGGAGGCUGGCGACGGCUGUCCCUCCUUCCCCUACUGCUGGUGGUUGAGGUGACGUUCCUCGUUCUGGCCGCGUCUAAGCUGUCGGACGGGGGCCAGUUGUACCUGAUGAUUCCAGCCUUCGUGGUCUGCAUGCUCUUCUGGGGCAUCAUCCACCUGGUGUUCUUUAUUACCUUAUGGGGCUUUCACACCAAAAUCAGCGACUGCCAGAGAGUGUGCUUGGUCUCAGGGUUCAACAGUCUAGACAAGGUCAUGGCAUCCAAAGGCGUGCGACACUUCUGCCUCAUCUCACAAUUCUUCGUUGAAUUGACGCUGCUGUCCACCUUCAUGAUGGCAGUUCUGGCAUGGAUGUCGGUCUGCAGCCUCUCCAUCAGUGUGUCCCUGCUGGUGCUGCUCUUGGAGUCCCUCUUCCACGGGCUAUUCCACGAGUUGGGCAACAGUCUGAGGGGAACCUGCGUGGGCUACGCUGUGGUCAUCCCCACUAAUUACUCUAGCCUCGACGGCCAGCCCAUGCUGCUGCCCCCGGACCAGGUGCAGCAGCUCAACCAGCGCUCCACGGAAAUGUUCAACAAGAUACAAUUCUUCUUCGCCCACCACAUGAUCAAGAACUUCGGCUGCGACUACUCCACCAGCGGGCUGAGCCUGGAGGCCAUGCAGGCCAAGCUGCACAGGUUCCUGGAGCAGCGGACGGCGGCCGACGGCCGGCGCUACGACACCUACGUGGUGUACUACAGCGGACACACGCACCGCACCGGAGUGUGGGCUCUGGCAGGCGGUGACACCCUGCAGCUGGACCAGAUCGUCAAGUGGUGGCGGGAGAAGAACGCCGGGGCCUGCUCCCGUCUCAUCCUGGUUCUUGACGUGGAAAACGCCCUUCCCUGGACCAAGGAGGUGGGCCGUGUCGAGGACUCCGGCCUCUAUGUGGCGGUGCAGGGCGCCACGCUCUCGCCCGCCUCCGACCCAGAGGUGCAGGACGCCGGCCAGCUCGGGGACUUCACCCACCGCUGGGUGGAGUUCAACUCCAACCCCGGCGCCGACAUUCGCUGGUCGGAGCCGGGCCGCCGCGUGUCGGCCGUCUACGGCCUGUCCCCCCACUGGGGCGACUACUCGCUGCAACUGCCUACUGGGGGUGACAUUAACAGACACUGGCAGACCUACUUCCCCAGAUGCAACUGGUCAAGAACCCAAGAGUCACCUGACGCAGACCUGAACUUGUUUUGGGGCGGCGGCUUCUUCCAACGAUACCUAAGGAGGCUCAAGCUGAAAUGGUUCCCGCCCGCUAUCCUAGACACGGGCCAGGGCUUCAAGCUGGUCAGGUCCUAGCCAUAGACAUCUUAUAUGAUAGACGGAGCAUCGAAUGCUACCGCCUACUGGCGCCGACGAGACGCGGGGCCGCCAUCUUGGAGUGGUCAUCCGCUCCACUCAGUGUAAUCCGUUUGGCUGGAGCAAUGAACUGUCAGCGCAUUUAAUUAAUCAUACCUCACUGAAUACCACUGAUUUUCAUGCGGUUUUUUGUCAUACGUGUAGCUAUGAUAAAGGCCACAUGGUUUGGCGUGUUUUAUUAUUCAAUACCAAUUAUAGCAAUAGUACGGUAAUGUCAAAUCUUACUUGUGAAAAGUAAUCCCCCGAUUCCUAUUGUGGAUGGUCCGCCGAUUUGAGCAGGAAUACGCUGAACAACAGCCCGGCAUCCUGUUUCUGCUGCUGUUGCUGCUCCCGGUUGACCACUCCAAGAUGGCGGCCGUAUUUCUUGCGUCCCAGCAGCCAAUGCUCCGUCUAUGCAUUGCUAUGUCUAUGGUCCUAGCCCCCUGCACUCGGUUAAAGGCAUGGAUCUUCCGAGUCAGGGAGAUUAUAGUGUUUGUAAAGAAAACUCAAACAGAAUGAAUGAGUAUGCUUUAUUACUUGGAGUACAGAACGUUUGGUUGUUAAUUUAAGAAGGGGAUUCGCGAAUUGAGAUUGGCGCUAGACGCAGUUCUAAGACUUAUAUUCACAUGAGUGUCUUUUUUUUUUUUUAAAGGGUGUUAUUUGUAAUUGGCUUGCAUGCAUAUUCAAAAUGACAUUUACUAAAUUGAGACCGCAAUGCAAUAA